GUUAAGGACUAAAGAAAACUGAAAAUUGACGAGAAGUUUCGCUUUCUGGUCGUUUUUUCCAGCCAUGGAUUCUUCUUCUACUACUAAAAGUGUAGCUUUUCCGGCAUUUUCAGGGUCCCAACACGAAACAAGUGUUCAUAGCUUUAAGUGUCAACUUUGCAUCGACUCACAUCAUCUGUUCGACGGUAUAUCCAUCUUACUUUCUGUUCAAUGCGGUGGAGGAUGAGUUCCCGGUGAUGGGUUUCUGUCCGUUUAUGGUUUCUCUGGAUGGGUAUGAGUUGGUGUUUAGCAGUAUUCAUAUUGCAGAAUGAGAAACUACUAAAGUUACAGUGGGAUAAACCAUAGAUGUGCUGCUAACCAAAUCAAGCUUAAAGGACUGAUCUGGCUACAUGGGAGGUCUAAUGCACCUAUUUGAGUGUAGCCAGCCCAGCAUGUUGUGGGCACAUAAGAGACAUGUCGAUGGCUUCGAAGCCCCUCGAAAUAGCUUGGAGCUGCCAACAGAAAUUUCUCAGAACAUUUGUGCUAUGGAAAGCAACAUACUGUAUUCAUUUCAAGAGAGGCAGAAUUCCUCUGAAACGAACUAUUAUCCAAAAGAGAAUUCCAUGAAGAAGUUGAUUGAUGGGGAGAUUUCUAAAGGUCCAGAGACCAGACGCAAUGCACCGAGUGUUGUGGCUCGUUUGAUGGGAAUGGAUGCGUUACCAUCAGAACCAAAACUGACAAUACACGUCAAGGAGAGAAGGAAUGAAAAAACAGGAAAGAAAACACAAAGAGAGGAGCAAACAAAAAAUGUCUUAAUUGACUCUAAAUCACUUGAUUCAAAACACUUAAAGCAAAGGGAAGUAAAAUUAGCGUUUGAUCAUAAAAUAAGAGAAAUUGACCGGUGCAGUUGUGACCCAAAGUUUGAAAAACCACGACCUCGAGAACAUCCUCAAGAAGAGGAACUACAGAAGUUCAAGAGAGAAUUUGAAAAAUGGCAAGCAAUGAUGGUCAGGGAACGUUCAAGGUGUGUUGAACUUGGCAGAAUUCCUAGUCAAUGGCUUGCUCAAGAGAAUCUCAACAAGGAAAAGAUGGCUAUAUAUGCAGGUUCUAGGAGGUCCACAGCAAAAGAGAAACCUAUAGAAUUAAUGCGUCACAAUUCACUGCCAAUACAAGAAGUGAAUUCACAAGGAAGUUGUGCUUUAAAAUAUCGUGAUUUUAAGAAGGAAGCUCUCAAAAUUAGUGAAGUGGAACCUGUAAAUUUGAGAAAUAGAUCUCAAACUGGUGACUUGGAGCAGGUCCCUUUAAUGAAUUGUGAUCCAAAACUGGGAAAAUCUUCUGUACCCACAAAGAUAGUGAUAUUGAAGCCCAGCACUGAUAGAAAUGGAAGCAGCGAAGACUCUUGGGCUGGUUCACCGGAGAGCAUUCAAGGGGUAGGAAGUAUUGAAGAUUUUCUAGAGGAGGUGAAGGAAAGGCUGAGAUGUGAGAUACAAGGAAAGAGUGUUAAAAAGGAGAUGGCGGUCAGAGGGGGUGGAAUCGAGACCCCUUUCAGAGAGAAGUUGUCAGAUCCGAAAGAAAUUGCAAGGAAUAUAGCGAAGCAGGUAAGAGAAAGUGUUACUAAGGACCUUGGUUCGACUUUGCUCCGAUCAGAAUCGACCGGAUCAUAUAAAAGUGAGAUCCAAAUCAAUGAAUCAAGUUCCCCAGAGUUUAUCAACAGAGACACCAGGAAAUUCUUGUCGGAGAGACUGAGGAACGUACUUAAACGAGAAAGUGAUGUGGAUGUCCUGAAAAUUGGCAUCGGUGGCUCAAGAGCUUCUGUUUUGGAUAAUGAAGGGAGGAAGCUAAGACCAACCAGAGAUGUCUUGAAAACUGAGAACAAGGGGGGCUGGUUGAAACAUAUGAAAGAUGAAGCUGAAAGGCAAACCAAAUCUUUCAGACAUGGUCAAAGCAACAAGAUGCUCUAUGUGGGGGAAGUGUCUCCAAGGAACCUAGUAAGAUCUUUGUCGGCUCCUGUUUCAGGAACUUCAUUCGGCAAGCUUCUUUUGGAGGAUCGGCACAUUUUAACUGGGGCUCACAUCCGGAGGAAGCAUGAAGCUGCUGCAAAUGUUUCAUUCGAAGUUAGAAAAAUAAGGAAAGAGAGAUUCAGUCUCAGAGGGAGAGUUUCAAAUCUCAGAUCCAGUUUCACUCUGAGGGGCAAACUAUUUGGCCGGAAGAUCCAGUCAGAGGAGGAAGCAGGAAGCUGUGAAUCUGAUUCCAUAAAAGAUAUCAUGAGUGGACCUAGUGUUGGAAUGAAUUUUGGCUAUCCCCAUGAGAACUCAACUGAGGUGCCACCAAGCCCAGCAUCAGUGUGUAGCAGUGCUCAUGAAGAAUUUUGUAGGCCAGCUGACCAUCCAAGCCCAAUCUCCACUUUGGAUGUACCCUUGAUAGAAGAUUGUCCUGUACCACAGGUUUUCAGAGAGAUCAGCUCAAACCUUCAUGAGCUGCGAAGGCAGUUGAAUGAACUUGAGUGUGAUUAUUCCCAAGACAUGGUGAUCAGAGAUGAGCCUUUAGAGACCAAGAUGUUGGAGUUAGAAGGCCCAGCAGAAGCCUUCGUUCGAGAUCUCCUCUUUGCUUCUGGUUUGUAUGAUGGUCUGUUUGAUGGUUCUUCUUCCAUAUGGGACCCAAUUGGAAGGCCCAUUAGCAACUGGGUUUUCAAGGAAGUGGAAGAAUCUUACAGAAGAAGGGACAAGGAAAAAUGCUCUGAAAAUCACUGUGAGAUAGAGGUAGACCACAAGUUAUUGUAUGAUUUGACGAAUGAAGCUCUAUCGACCAUAUACGGACCUUCCUCAAGGACCUCAAGAUUAAAAAGCAAGAUUGUUGGUACUGGCAUGUUUCAACCACCUUGUGGACCUUGUGGGCAGAUAUUGUUAGAUAAUGUUUUGGAGAAGAUCCGUGGAUACUCAUAUCGCCCGAUUAAUGAUUCAUGUUAUUCGAUUGAUUCCAUGGUGGCCCGAGAUCUGGGGAUGAAACCUUGGUUGUGUAUGAUGGAUUGUGAUAUUGAGGCAAUGACAAGAGAGCUGGAGCAGACGAUCUUAUUCGAGUUGAUUGGGGAAACUGUGAGGACCAUGUUUGUAUAAUAUGUGUGUUAAAGUGUGUAUGCAUGAAAGCAGUUUAAUUCAUGCCUUGUAGGCUGUAGUUUGUAAAUCAUGCUCUGUAGUUUCUGAAGGUUGGUGGUGGGUUUUUUUUAGCAUUAGUUGAGGUGUUGACAUACAAAAUGUAUAUUGAUUUUCACAUAGUGAGUUACAACUUCCAUGACUUUUCUCUGAUUAAUGUAAUUGUUAUCUACUGCGCAA